GACUCCCUCUCCCACGUUAGAGAAAGCAAUGACCUUUGACCUUUGCCCGCUCAUCACCCGAGUGUUGCUUGCUUGCAGGAACCUACGUGCAGAAGGGAUGCGAAAGAGACCACGAGUCGGGCACCUGCCCCCCCUGCGAGCACGGACGGACCUACACGGAGCACUCCAACGGCAUGAACCGCUGCUUGCCCUGCACGCACUGCCGCUCAGACGAGAUUCGGACGGCUCCCUGCACCACAACCACGGACACCAUCUGCCAGUGCCGAGCCGGCACCUUCUGCGUCCCGGACCAGGCCUGCGAAGUCUGCAAGCGCUGCGCCAAGUGUAAGCAGGGGGAGGAGGAGGUGAAGAAGUGCACGCCGUUUUCCAACACCGAGUGUCACAAGCGGGACCGGUCCCCUACGGAGACCCCGCCGGGCCUCCCCACCACGACCGCCGCCGCCGCCGGCCCGGCAGACAGCGUUGCUCCCGUGUGGAUCUCCCUCGCCGCCGUCGCCGUCGCCGUGGCUGCCGCCAUCUUUGCUUGGUGGCUCUUGGUCAAGCGGCGCCCGUGCGCGACGCCCUGUUCGGGGAGCCACUGUGACUCCAGGGAGAUCGUGAAGAUUCCCAUCGACGAGAGCGGCGCCACGGCCGAGGAGAGGCAGAACGACCAGAACGCCGGCCUGGAGGGCGAGGAGCGCCGCCCGGAGUCCCGCCCCCUGCUGCAGGAGACCGGGAUGACCAAGGCCUCCCCUCCCCUGGAAGACGAGGACCGGGGGCUCGGAGACAGCUUGCCCAACACCACCAGCUCCUCUCAGACCAGCCUGUCGGCCCUGCCCACCGCCGCCUCCUCCUCCUCCGGGGACCCCGCGCACAGCCCCCAGCAGAGCCCCGCCGCCGCCCGCCCGCCGCCGCCGCCAGACACGGAUGAUCCUCUGCAGCAUCGAUUGGUGCCUGUACAAGGGUCCGAGAAGUCCCUGAAGAAGAGCUUCGACUUGUUCGACGAGUACCUGGACGUGCGGAUCCACAACAAGUUCUUCAGGCUGAUCGGCGUCAGCGACAACCACAUCCGCAUCGCCGAGGGCGGCGCCCCCGCCGACAAGGUGUACGAGCUGCUGAAGAGCUGGAUGCAGCGGCGGGGGCUGAAGGCGGACAUCAACGACCUGCUGGAGGCCCUGCUCAGCAUGGACCAGCGGCGCUCCGCCGAGAGCAUCGCCUCGGCGGCCCUGCAGAGGGGCUACUACAAGCACGCCGACGCGCCCUGAGGGGCCCGGCAGCCCCCCCCGGAGUAGACACUUGAUUUUUGAGAGCACGCCGCCUGUGGACGUGCGACCAACAGGGCUGACCUCUCUGUGACCUCAGAAAGCCAGUAGUUUUUUUUUAUUUUUUUAAAAGG